AUGUCCCUCCCCCGCCUUCUACCCGGCAAAGUCGCCGCCAUUACCGGUGGUCUCACAGGAAUCGGCCGGGCAAUCGCCCUCGAGUACCUCCGGCACGGCGCAAAAGUCGCCGUCAACCACCUGGGCAGCAGCACAGACGAGCCCCUCCUCGCCGCAAUGCAAAGGGACGUAGCCGAGGUCCUCCUCCUCCUCGCCACACAAUCCGAGCCGAGGCCCCAGGUAGAAGAGAGAUUCCUAGCGGUUGCAGGGGACGUCUCGAAGCCAGAGACCGGGGGAGAGUUUGUCGCGCAGAUAGUGCAGGCGUUCGGACGACUGGAUGUCUUUGUUUCGAAUGCGGGGGUGUGCAGGUUUGAGGAGUUUCUGGACACCACCGAGGAGCGGAAAAGCGUAACCCCCAAACUACUCGACCACACGAUCGCCACAAACCUCACCGGAGCAUACUACGCCGUGCAAGCCGCGGCGCGCCAAAUGGCGCUCGCGCAGUCUCCUCCCGGCGGCUCAAUCAUCGGGAUAAGUUCCAUCUCUGCCCUCGUGGGGGGGGGCCAACAAACGCACUACACGCCCACGAAAGCCGGCGUGCUGAGCCUGAUGCAGUCGACUGCGGUGGCGCUCGGCAAGUACAAUAUCCGGUGUAAUGCGUUGCUACCGGGGACGAUCCGCACCCAGCUGAAUGAUGAGGAUAUGAGUGACCCCGUGAAGAAGCAGUAUAUGGAGGGGCGGAUUCCGCUGGGGAGACUGGGACAGCCUUGUGAUUUGGCGGGGCCGGCGGUUUUUUUGGCGUGUGAGGAGUUGAGUGGUUAUGUGACUGGUGCGCAAUUACUCGUUGAUGGUGGACUCUUCGUCAAUCUGCAAUAGUCGCUCUCGCCCUCUCUCGUACACAGUACGAUGCAAUAUGAAUCAUGUG